AUGAGUUCCUCCGCUCAAACCUCCAAGGCUCUCGGCCCUCUCCUCGCACCGCCCAGUGCCACCACCACCGCCACCGUCACCACUUCCGUUCCACCACCGGCGGUGCGUCUCAAUCGGAGCAACUUCAUGCUGUGGCGCACUCUCUCGCUCCCAAAUCUCUCCGGGGCGGGACUUCAUGCGCCGGCGAAGACCAUCGUCGAAGGCACUGGUGAUGCUGCAGUCACCGUGGCAAACCCCGCCUACGCCACAUGGUGGACACAGGACCAGCGGGUCCUAGGGCUACUCCUCUCGUCCAUGGACGACGACAUCGCCUGCCAGAUGAUCAGCAGGACUACGGCCGCCGCGGUGUGGGAAGCAGUCCACGCCAUGUUCGGUGCCCAGAAUCGUGCCAAUAUUCGGCACAUCCGUCGGCAGAUCCAAUCUCUGCGAAGAACGACAUGA